GGGCACUUCUACCCCCUUCCUGCCUACCGGGCACUUCUACCCCCUUCCUGCCUACCGGGCACUUCUACCCCCUUCCUGCCUACCGGGCACUUCUACCCCCUUCCUGCCUACCGGGCACUUCUACCCCCUUCCUGCCUACAGGACACUUCUACCCCCUUCCUGCCUACAGGGCACUUAUACCCCCUUCCUGCCUACAGGGCACUUCUACCCCUUCCUGCCUACCGGGCACUUCUACCCCCUUCCUGCCUACAGGGCACUUCUACCCCCUUCCUGCCUACCGGGCACUUCUACCCCCUUCCUGCCUACAGGGCACUUCUACCCCCUUCCUGCCUACCGGACACUUUUACCCCUUCCUGCCUACCGGGCACU